CACGCGACAACGCGACACUACCGUCUCGCGCAAAUCCCCCUGUAUCGCUACUAGCCUCCUUGAACCACGCUUUCUUUAAGCCUCUGACCCGGCUUAUCCGCUGAUCGACCUAUCGAUAAGGCCUUUGCAGACCAGUUGACGACUCGCUGCCUGCCUCCCUGACCUCGUAACCCCGUACUACGGUCGUAUCGGGCAUCGAAAGAUCGCGCCGUCGCCUGUCUCUCCAUCCGGCAUCACGCCUGCAUCAUAUCAUCACAGCUGUCAUGGCACCUUCACGGUCCCGCGCCUCACUACUCUCCCUCCUCGCUGCUACAACGCUCCUCCCCCAGGCGGCGUGGGCCUUCGACUGCAAGGACAUCCUCGCUGAUGGCGCACACUUUAACUUCAAAGAGCUAGGUGGCCCCCAUACGGUACACUGGGAAGAGUCCGACCUAGAAAAGGAGCUCAAGUUCAAGUACAACUUCACCCUUGACAUUUGCAAUGCCCUCAAAUGGCACAAGGGCGGCUCACUCGAUACCGAGUGCCACCACGGCGCAAGGGUAUGCGCCAUUAGAGAAAUGGUUGAUCUCAGCAAGGAGAACAGUACAAGCAUCACGCCCAUCGAUAUCGCAGGUAGCUAUCCAAUGCAGAACGGCCGAACAAUCGACGCCAAGUUUGAGAAUCUAGGCCAUUCAAAGAGCAACUCUGAUGCGCGCGAGGGUGUCAGAGCGACUCUAAACGGCGGCCGAUUUCCAUUCGAUGAUAAGAAGGAAGGCAUGGAUCAGCGGGCCAUUAUCGAGUUUGUGUGUGACAAGGACAGGUCCGGAUCCGAGGGCAAUGAGGUGGACAACAGCCCGCAUGAGGAUGGCGACAAGGACGACAAGGACGGUGAUAAGAAGGAUGAUAAGAAACAAGGUAAACUCAAGGCAAGGGAGGAAAAUAACAAGAGCAAAUGCGAAGAUAGCGACGCCAGUCUUCGCUUUUGUGGGUAUGAGGUGGAGCCUGACACCAAAGACAAGAAGGUCCGCACACUGCGCUUGGAGUGGCGGACCAAAUACGCCUGCGCAGAUGCGCCUGAGCCCGACAACGGUUCUCACUGGGGCUUCUUUGGUUGGUUCUUUAUCAUCCUCUUCCUCGCAAUUGCUGCAUACCUUAUCUUUGGCUCGUGGCUGAACUACAACCGCUACGGUGCUCGUGGCUGGGAUGCGCUACCCCAUGGUGAUGCGAUCCGCGACAUCCCUUACGUUGCGAAAGAUUUCGCGAGAAAGGUGCUGGAUACGGUGCAGGGCAGUGGUAGUAGAGGUGGUUACGCUGCUGUGUAAAACCUCCUUUUCUUUCAUCUGUUUUUAUUUCGUAUCAUCACUACAAACAUACACAUGCAUUCGCAUCUAUUACAGAUUGAUGUUUGAGCGGGUGAGAUCACCUGGGGCUGUGUGUUCUUUGUGUGAAGGAUCUCGGGUUGAGAAGGAGCAGAAGCGAAGACGAAGUAAAUUACAUUUGUAUUCCAUGGCGUGUUUGUAGGGUCCUAUGCAGAGAUAGCUGAAUCUUUUUUUCUUCAGGUUUUUACAUGGAAUCAAAUUGUAAUCGUCGUCUUAGAGAUUUGAUUCGUUGCACGUGUAUUUGUUCGAGCUUACUACUUUGAUUUGAUACAAAAGUAUACUUGAGGGUGAUAUGCAAACCGAUCAUUAUUUCAAAGGAUGGAAAAUUGCUCAAUGCUAUACUG